AUGCACGAGAUGUUCAAGAAGGCCUCGGCCUUUAACCAAUACAUCGGCGGUUGGGCGAUCCAGAGCGUCAGGAACAUGUGGAUGAUGUUCCAAGGCGCCUCGGCCUUCGACCAGGACCUCGGCUGGUGCGUGGCCAAUAAGGUGAAGCUGAACCGCGCGUUCGACAAGACCAAGUGCGCGUCGACGUCGUGCGGCGCCGUGCAAGUUGCAGACGUCGCCGACUGCCCGACGCCCGCGCGGAAGGCCGAGGCCGACCGCCUGCGCGCCUCGCGCGGGGUCCGCGCACGCGCGGAGCCUCCGGAGGUCGGCGCCGAGGCGCGCCUCGCCGCCGCCCGCGCCGCCGCCGCGCGUCCGCACCGUCCCAAUGAAGAAGCAGCCCCUCAAGGAGUCCCUCAAGAAGGUCACGCGGGUCGGGGCAUCGAGGUCGUCGGCGGGGUCGACAACGCGAGGAAGGACCUCAGCCGCCUCAAAGCGAACCGACAGGCGAUCCAGCAGUUCCGCCAAUUUCGGAAGGUGCACGAUCAAAUCAGAAGGGAAAACCCACGGAUGCGCACAGGGUCCAUCACCAGCGAAUAG